UGAAGUGGCGAGAAGUAACUGGUGUGAUAUGUGACAGAAGAAUGCCGGUCAAGCUCAAGGGUUUAAUCUACAAAACCAUCAUACGUCCAGUCCUUACGUAUGGCAGCGAAACAUGGGCUGCAACCAAAAGGCACAUACAUACCAUCCAGGUUGCCGAAAUGAAGAUGUUGAGGUGGAUGUGCGGCGUCACUAGGCUCGAUCGUAUUCGUAAUGAAUAUGUGCGAGGAAGUUUAGGGGUGCGUGAUGUCGCAGAUAAGUUGCAGGAGAAUCGGCUACGGUGGUAUGGCCACGUAAAGAGAAGACCACCUGAUUACGUGGGAAAUUUGGCUCUGCAACUUUCCAUCCCCGGUCGAAGAUCGAGAGGGCGCCCCAAGACCAGAUGGCGGGACGUAGUGUCGAAAGACAUGAAAGAGUGCCAGGUGUCCGAGAGCGACGUCAUGGAUAGAGCGAAGUGGAAAAGAAAAAUAAGGAAAGCUGACCCCACCACCAUGUGGGAUACAUAGCAGGAAAGAG